AUGCUCAAGUGCUUGGUUUGGCUUGUGUUAGUGUUAACCUUUUACCAAAACUGCCAUGCAAACAAGGCCGAUAUACUGCAUACACAAAUAGAAGAUGACACUGUACUGAUAUUUCUAUCCAUGGAUGGUACAUUGCAUGGAGUUCGGAGGACUGGAAAACGAAUUUGGACGCGUAAACAAGAUCAUAUCGUCAAGGUUCCAUCCGAUACUUUCAAAGGACCAACGUUUAUCCCGGACCCGAAGGAUGGCAGCUUGUAUCGUAUCUCUAAUAGUAUUGAAGAAGAGAUAAAGAAAAUGCCAUUUACUAUACCAGAGUUAGUACAGGUAUCUCCAAGCCAAAGUAAAGACGGCAUUUUAUAUACUGGAAAAAAAGUUGAUUUAUGGUAUGUCAUUGAUAAGAAUACGGGAAAAUUGAUACAAGAGCUAUCCCUAUAUCAACCAAUAUGUCCAGUGAUUGAUAAAUAUGCGAAACCUGUUUAUAUUGGAGUAUCGAAAUACUUAGCGACUAUGUAUGACACGGUAUCAAGAAUCUUAAAGUGGAACGUUACUUUCUAUGAAUAUGUCCCCUUCGGAAAUUACUUGGGCAAUUACGAUCUUAAUUUUAUAUCGUCAACUACUAAUGGACUAACGGUAGCGUUAGAUAGCACUGGCAACGUAGUUUUCGAAAGGGACUUUGGAUCACCAAUAGUUGCUGUCUAUUUACCUAUUAAAGGUGUAGUAAGAAAAUUACCUGUAAUUUCUGUUGCUGAGGAAACUGUAAUAAAAAUCAUGAAAGGAGAAAAUAAAAAGGCCAACUAUCGAUUAAAUGAAUUAAGGCUACGCCGGACUCUCUAUAUUGGAAAAAAUGACGACGGAUUAUACGCUAUGCCUUCGUUCGUUGAAGAAGGUUCUAUGAUUCUCAGGCCAAAUAGAUUAAUGCCGAAUCCUGUCCAGUCCUAUUCACCUUCGGCCUCUAAAAGUGAUAGUCAUGAAUUAUCACCCUAUCCUAAUUAUGAUUUCAGUAAUGACAUCAUUACUAAUAUGAUUGGAUAUCAUGAAGAACCAGAUCGAUUACCAAAUACUCCGACAAAGAGACCUCAUGCAUUACACAACGAGAUUACUAAGCAAAAUGACACUUCUGGAAUUUUAUCAGAAAACUUUGAUUAUUCUAGAGAUGACAUUCUGGCAUUAGCCCGCACGUUAGAUAUGACAUUAAAAGUUUUGAUCGCGAUUUCAAUUGGAAUUGUUACUGCUGUAGCAGUGUAUUUUUAUAACCGUAAUCGAAGCAAGAAUAAGAUAACAAGUGUAACAGACUCUGUCCAAGAUUCAUCUGAAAGUUCUACUAGUAAUUCUGGUUUAAGCAACAGCAUUCUCAAUUCCUCGUCUACUUCGACAGAUUCGAAGCUAUUCACUAUUGGCAAAAUCACUAUUGACCUAGCGAGUGUUAUUGGCAAAGGAUCCUUCGGUACUUCGGUAUACAGGGGAAGAUUUGACAAUCGUGAUGUAGCUGUAAAGCGUGUUCUGCUAGAUUAUCAACGGUUUGCUGAGCGAGAGGUGGCGCUAUUAAGGAAAUCGGAUCAACACGAUCAUGUUAUUAGAUAUUAUUGCACGGAAAACGAUGAUCAAUUUCAAUAUAUUGCUUUGGAAUUAUGUUCUACAACGUUAUCUGAGUGUAUCAAAGAGGAUCGAUUCUCCGAGUACAAUCUUCAGCCAGUUGAAGCGUUAUAUCAAUUCUUGGAUGGAUUGUCGCACUUGCAUUCCUUAGAAAUAAUCCAUCGAGAUGUUAAACCUCAGAAUAUAUUAGUAAAAAUGCUAAAUUCAUCAAAACGCGGAAAGGUGAUAUUAUCAGAUUUUGGAUUAUGUAAGCAAAUAACACUUCAAGGAUCAUAUGGUUACUAUGCCAGUAAGUCUACUGGCUUGGUAGUUGGUACCGAAGGAUGGAUGGCUCCAGAAUUAUUCCAAGAUGAUGCUAAAUAUGCUUUUUCAGCAGACAUAUUUUCUGCUGGUUGUGUCAUAUAUUAUACAUUUUCGAAAGGAAAGCAUCCAUUUGGUCAAGCUGCAUAUCGACAAUCCAAUAUCAGGAUGGGCUAUUCUAUAAAGUUUGAUGACGAACUUGAAGGGUCAUAUACGGAAAUAGAUUUAAUCAAAAAAAUGAUUACUGCCAAUCCAAAACAAAGACCAACAGCAUUAGUUGCUAUGCAACACCCUGUGUAUUGGAGUAAUGGCAAGCAGUUAUCCUUCUUUUUGGAUAUUAGUGACCGUAUUGAGAAGGAACCAUCGAAUAGUAAGUUAGUAGAACUAUUAGAGUCAAAGAGCAUAACAGUCACUCGUGGUGACUGGAAGAAAUACAUAGGCAACGUCCUUGAAGAAGAUCUUAGAAAAUUCAGGAGUUACAAAGGUGAUUCCGUUAAAGAUCUUCUGCGAGCUUUAAGAAACAAGAAACAUCACUAUUACGAAUUAUCAAUACCUUUACGUGAAGAACUUGGCGAUCUACCUGAUAGUUUUGUACAGUAUUUUACAUCUAAAUUUCCACGCUUGCUGAUUCAUUGUUUUGCUACGAUGUCGAUUUUAUCCAAUGAAAGUACCUUCAAGCAGUAUUACGGAAGGUAG